GAAGUUGUCAUUUUUCUGUUUGAAUAAAUAUAUUUAUAUAGUUGGAAAUUUAAUGCAGGCUUUUAACAGUUGUAGAAUAGAAUGUAUGCGUGUACAGUAAAAAGAAUAGGAAACUUUUAAAGGAACAGGAAAAAGUGUCAAUCAAAAAGCUUGAUGAGCGUCAUAUUUCUGACUCUGUUUUAUUCUAGCACUGCUUCUCUGGUAUUUUCCUUGCCGCUACCACAACUACAAAAUGACAGAUUAGAACCAUCGCUAAGGUACAGGCACCACCGGCGUAUGAAAAUUCCGCAGCACACUGUUAGAUCUGCAGUUGCAACGGAAUGUCAACCUCCGUUGCCGGGUCGUAUACCCAACGAUGCGUGUGCUGCUUUGCCGUGUUCGUUCCAUAAUGAAUGUGAGGGUGCUGAGACAAGAUGUUGCUUCAACGGUUGUAUAUAUUCUUGUACCGUUUCUUUUGACCGCAGUCCGCCUUUGAUUGAUUGGAUGACUGUACACACAAGAGAAAUGGAUAAUUCUGUCAUUAAUUUGGAAGACGUUGAUUACGAAAUUCAAACUGGCGAAGAUUUGAUUGAAAGUCAUAACAAUCAAGAGAUGUUGGGAGAAAUUUGCUCGACCACGAUCGACGAGGAAGGAAACCCACCGCUGGAUUGCCCACACGGGUAUAUCUGCCACGUUGAAAACGGUGGGCAUCCCGAUCAAGGUGUUCCUGAUAGUGGACGGUGUAUGGCAAUUGAUUUAAACGAAAACACAUAGUUUCCCCCUUUUAGUUCACCUUAAAAAAUCCAAAAAUUGUUUCCAAAUAUAUUGUUGUUUUGCCGUUUGCUUGCCCUUUAUUGCGUGUCAAAUCCUAUACAUGUCUGGCACGAAUGAUAUUAAAUUGUAUGGAUUUUAUUUAAAAUU